AGUCUCAGAUUUUUCUUUACGGGAAGCGGAGAUUAUCAAUCUAUCAACUAAAUUUGAAUGUUUAGAUAGAUGAAAAUCCAAUAAGAAGUGCUUGGACGAGCCAUGCUUGAAAUUUGAAACCCAUCACUGAUGAUGCCACAUUAACCCCUCUUUUCACGUUUCCUUGUCGCCCACUUGGUAUUUAUAAAACCUUUUCACCUAAAACUCCACUCCAAAAAUUGCGCCUCAAAAUUUACAUUUAUUACCUACUCCAUUGUUUAUAACGUGAAAUCGUACGUUAACAAAACCUGCUUUUCCUAUUUAAUUACUCCCUGAGAUAUGAUUACGUCUCUCUCACUCUUGUUACCAACAUCAAUUUCUUCAUGAAUUCAAAUCUUCACCGCUUUCCAGAAAAGCUCAAGAGUCAAAUGCUACUACACUUCUUCUGAAGGAACUCUUUUCCUUAGGGCUCAAGCUCGAACCUGCAUUUUGAAAUUCCAGGGAGCAAACUAUGAACAAGUUUCCCAUAUACCCAAAAUAUGAAGGUGGGGACUAUUGUGGCUACGGAUUUGAUCCUCACACAGACUUUACGGAUUUCUUGUCAGAAGCGAGAAAGCAUGUAUCUGAAGGGAAAUUCAGCACUACACCUCCACGUUCUGUGGAACUGAGAAACAACAAUUUUGGAAAUGAUGUUAAGAAAACUUGCAAGAAGUCAUGGAAAAGAUCUCUGUUUUCAUGGCUGAAGACUGAUAAGAAGAAGAAUCAGGGAAGCAAAGAAACUUCAAAAGGCUCCACCAUUAACAAGCCGAAGCGUGGAUGUGUCUCUGGUCCAAUGCCAGGGAUCAGCGGGCCAGGUACUAUAGCUGGAAGGCCCAAUAAACCUUUGUCUGGGCCCCUAACAUAUCUGUUCGGUCCAAUUAACAGAGUGGACAAUGAAAUACCUUAUCUCUGUCUUAACAAGGUUAAGAAUAAUACUCCUGAUGUUCAAUCUUAUGGGCCUCUUUAUCUGGUAACUUAAGAUUGCAAAAGGGUAGGUCUAAUUUAGCAGAGACUACAGGUAUGUGUCUUGAAUCUAUGUGUUUGGUGAAUGCAAACAAAUAUCAUAAGCAAAAAAGAAUUUGCAUUUGUUGCAACUUGCAAGGAACAGCUUCUUUUUUUCAUCAUCACAUGCUAGUCUAGGAAUAGGUUCUGAAUUCACCCAUGAUUUUGGAGUUUUGAAUUUGAAUAGCUUCAACAUCAACAUUUUGUUUGACGAAUUUCAGGAAAA